GAUGAUACAUGAUUGCUUUACAGUCCGUAGCCCAUAAUUGUUGGCCCUGCCUUCUCCUUCAUCAGUGGCUUUAAUCACCACAUCAACACUGUCAAACUCACAACUUCUAUUUUACUCCUUCACUUUCAUCUUCAAUUCCAAAAACAAAACAAUCCAAUAUUUUAUUAUACAUUAAUUGAAUAAAGGAAAAAUAUUUCCCCUGCCUCAAAUCUCUUUUAUUGCCUAGCUAGAUUCUCACUUCCUCAUCAGUCACCCCAUACACUUCACUUGGUUCUUAUCCUAGACUGCUACUCCUCACAUUCCUCUUAGAUUUAGCUUUCCUGCUUUAAUGGACUUCCAUUCGCGUUUAUGUAGCUGCCUCCUGUCUUUUGCAGUGUUUAUCCGAUUUGCAUUGGGUGAUCAAGAGGGAUUCUUGAGCUUGUCAUGCGGUGGGAGCAUCAGUUACGUAGAUUCCUUAAACAUUUCAUGGAUACCAGACGGAGCUUAUGUUUCCGGCGGCAACACAACAACCGUUGAUUACAUCCCAGACGGUUCCUCGUCGCCAUCGAGACUCCCUGUCCGGUUCUUUCCCAAUUCCGAGGCCAGAAAGUGCUACAGAUUGCCAGUGGCUAACAAUGUCUCUUCCUUGGUGCUUCUUAGGACUGGGUUUGUGUACAAGAACUACGACGGGCUUAACACGCCCCCUGCAUUCUCUGUUUCUCUUGGGAGAGCAAUCACUACCACUGUUAAUCUUGCAGAUUCUGAUCCGUGGAUUGAAGAAUUCUUGUGGCAAGUUGAUAAGGACAUCCUCCCUAUAUGCUUUCACUCUUUUCCUCACAGUGGGUUCCCUGUGGUUUCUUCUCUUGAGCUUCGGCCCCUCCCACAAGGAGCUUAUGCUGCUGCUCUCGGAGAUUCUCCCAACAAGUUGCUCAGAAAAACUUAUCGCAUCAAUUGUGGGUAUAAUGCAGCACUAAGGUAUCCGGUUGAUGAGUUUGAUAGAAUCUGGGAUGCUGAUGAGGAUUUUAGUCCAUUUCAUGUGUCAUCUGGUGUUGAUGUUCAAACCAACUUUAACAAUAUGUCUGUUGUGAUUGAGAGGCCUCCUCCAGCUGUUCUCGAGACGGCGAGGGUGUUGGCAAGGUGGAGAGACAUGACUUACACCUUCCCACUUGAUCACCACCUGGGGGGGCUGCAGGGAGACUACUAUGUUGUCCUAUACUUUGCAGGCAUUCUCCCGGUGCCCCCCACGUUCGAUGUGUUGAUCAAUGGGGACGUUUUCCAGUCAAAUUACACGGUGAGCCGAUGGGAAGUCGCCAGUCUCGCCUUCACAUUGAGAGGAACUAAGAGCCUGAAUGUUACCUUGAAGACUAUCAGCUACUACCCUUUGCUCAACGCCCUCGAGGUUUAUGAGAUCCUAGACAUUCCCUGGGAAACUUCUUCAACCACUGUUUCAGCCCUUCAGGUUAUUCAGCAGUCGACUGGUUUAGAUCUUGGGUGGGAAGAUGACCCAUGCUCCCCAAUAACAUGGGAUCACUUGGAAUGUGAAGGAAAUCUAGUUACCUCGUUAGAGCUUUCUGAUAUUGAUUUGAGGUCAAUAGGUCCAACAUUUAGUGAUCUGCUGGAUCUCAAAUCCCUAGAUCUGCAUAACACUUCACUCACUGGGGAAAUACAAAACCUUGGUGGCCUGCAGUAUCUUAAGAGGCUGAACCUAAGCUUCAAUGAACUAACGGCUUUUGGUUCCGAGUUGGAAGACUUGGUAAACCUUCAAGUUUUGGACUUGCAGAACAAUAGUUUGCAGGGAAUAGUACCUGAUAACUUGGGAGAGUUGAAGGACCUUCAUUUACUGAACCUGGAAAACAAUAAGCUUCAAGGCCCUCUACCCAGAUCUUUGAACAGACACAGUUUGAAAAUCCGAGCAUCUGGAAAUCUUUGCCUUUCCUUCUCAACAACUUUCUGCAAUGACUUCUCAAUCAAUCCUUCAAUAGAGACACCAGAAGUGACAGUCUUGGCCCCUAAGAAGCACAAAGCUGCUGGCAAAAAAAAGUUACCACUUAUAAUUGGUGCAGUUGGAGCAAGUGUUCUUUCUCUUUCCCUUGUUUUACUUGCAGUGUUCUUGUACCUCAGACACAAGGAAAGAGCUCGAGAUCCCACAUAUGCAUCCAGUACAGGUGGAAUAAUGGAUAUGAAGAAGUGGAAUAAUGGUGCAAAAGUGUUUUCGCAUAAAGAAAUCAAGACGGCAACUAACAACUUCAAACAAGUGAUAGGGCGGGGUAGCUUUGGAUCAGUUUAUGUUGGGAAGCUUCCUGAUGGUAAACAAGUUGCUGUUAAAGUGCGGUUUGAUAAAACUCAGCUUGGGGCUGAUUCUUUCAUCAAUGAGGUGUGUCUUCUGUCACAAAUUCGCCACCAAAAUCUUGUAUCUCUAGAAGGAUUCUGCCAGGAGUCGAAGCAGCAAAUUCUAGUAUAUGAGUAUUUGCCAGGAGGAUCCCUGGCAGAUAACCUUUAUGGUGCGAAUAGUAAAAAACUGACAUUGAGCUGGGUGCGCAGACUGAAAAUAGCUAUAGAUGCCGCAAAGGGUUUGGAUUACUUGCAUAACGGGAGUGAGCCACGCAUCAUACACCGUGAUGUGAAGUGCAGCAAUAUACUUCUGGACAUGGAUAUGAACGCUAAGGUGUCGGACUUUGGACUGUGCAAGCAAAUCACUCGGGCUGAUGCAACUCAUGUCACCACCGUUGUCAAAGGCACUGCAGGCUAUCUUGAUCCCGAGUACUACUCUACGCGCCAACUUACUGAGAAAAGUGACGUCUACAGCUUUGGAGUCGUCCUUCUAGAGCUCAUAUGCGGGCGCGAACCACUGGAUCACUCUGGCACUCCUGAUUCUUUUAACUUGGUGUUAUGGGCGAAGCCAUACUUGCAAGCAGGUGCUUUUGAGAUAGUGGAUGAGAGCAUAAAGGGAAGUUAUGACGAAGAGAGCAUGAGAAGGGCAGCUUUGAUAGCUUCAACAUCUGUUGAGAGAGAUGCAUUGAGAAGGCCAAAUAUUGCACAGGUCUUAGCUGAGCUCAAAGAAGCCUAUAGCAUCCAACUCUCUUAUCUUGCUUCUGCUGGGCUUGCCAAUUGAUAUAUAUGUACUCCUCCUAUAUAUAUAUGCACUGUACUUGUCAUAUAUAAUUUACAUAUCAAAUCUACACCCACUAUA